AUGCAAACUUCAGGUUCAAUCCGGAAAAGUAAACAAACAUCUGUUGUUGGUUAUUUGCCAAGAAAACUAACAGUGGAUGCUAAAAAAAAAUUGGAUCAGAAACUUUUAAAACUAUUUGUAAAUGAUUUCCAACCUUUUAAAGUUGUUGAGGAUUCAGGUUUUAAACAAUUUGUAAAAGCACUGAAUCCAAACUAUGAAUUACCAAACCGCCACGCAAUAUCAAAAGAACUCAUUCCAGCUUUAUAUGAAAAGUGUUUAGUAGAGAUGAAAAGUUUAACAUCAACUGUUGAGAGUGCUUGCUUAACCACAGACUGCUGGACAUCUAGAAAUAAUGAAAGUUUCAUAGCAAUUACUAUACAUUUUAUAGACACCGAGUUUGAAUUAAAAUCAAUACUUUUAGGACGUCAUUCGUUCAACUUGAAUCAUACUGCAAACAACCUUGCAAAAGAAAUUGAACGUGUAUUAAAUUCAUGGAAUUUGUACAACAAAAUUACAUUCGCAGUUUCUGAUAACGCCUAUAAUAUUAAAAAUGCCCUUAACAUGUUAGGUUUUAAAAAUAUGGGUUGUUUUGCGCACACCAUGAAUUUAAUAGUCCAGUCAGCACUCAAAUUAGAAGAAGACCUAAUAAACAAAAUAAAAAAUAUAGUUUCUCAUUUUAGAAAAAGUACGGUAGCUAAUAAUGCUUUAAAAACCUACCAAAUUAAUAAUGGUAUAAAAGAACCCAAAAAAUUGAUUCAAGAUGUCCCAACUAGGUGGAAUUCCACAUAUUAUAUGGUUUGUAGAUUUGUUGAAUUAGAGACAUCAAUUCGAGGUACUUUGGGCUUGAUAAAUAAUGCUCCAGAGAAUCUUAAACAAGAAGAAUGGGUUAUUUUAAAAGAUCUUAUAAAAAUAUUGAAGCCAUUCGAAGAAGCUACUAAAGCUAUUAGCCGUCAAAAAUACAUGACAGCAUCACUAGUGAUCGUAAUUGUACAGGGACUCUUCAAAGUUUUUAAUAAUUUAUUAAAAAUGAAUUUGACACAAAGAGUCUUACAAGUGGUCGAAAAAUUGUUGGCAAACAUGAACGAAAGGGAUGGCUUUAAACAUACGGAAAAAAGUAAAACUCUUUCAAGAUGUACUUUCCUUGAUCCACGAUUCAAGCAUAUACCACCAUUCAAUCAUAAUGCUAAAUUAUUGACUACAACAAAAACUGAUAUUAUAGAAAAGACAUCAGAAAUUAUUCGCAGCAAAUACAUUGAAGAUGAUGGAACACAUGAAUCAGCAACUUUGGUAGAUGUUACACAUUCCAAUUGUGAACCGUUAUCUAUUUGGAAUGAUAUUGAUAGUUGUGUCGCCAAAUCAUCACCUAUGGGAACUGCGAAAUCGAGAGCUAUUGUGGAAGUCCAGCGUUACCUAGAAGAUCCAAUAAUUACAAGAUGUCAGGAUCCAUUGAAAUGGUAG